AUGUCUCAUCCUCUCAGCCUAUUUGCCAGACGAUAUCGGCCCUGCCGUCUUCCCUAUCGGCGAAGCUAUUCGGUGCGCAUCCCUGGUGACGACGGGCAGGGCCUUCGAGACGUCAAGACGGUGGCAGACCUGAAAGAAUGGCAGCCUGGACGCCUUGUCUCGGAUGUCCAGCUUUGCGGCUGGGUUAGAUCAGUUCGCAAAAGCUCUAGCGUGCGCUUCGUUGACAUCACAGACGGCUCAUCAAUGAGACCUGUGCAGGCCGUUGUGGACAAGAGCCUGGCCGCAGAUAUUCGCCCUGGUGCAGCCGUCCGCCUCACAGGCGUAUGGCAUAGUAGCUCCUCUUCCUCUAAACCAUCUCCCAGCGUAGAACCUCAAGGAGGCAAGCUUGCCCGUAGCUCAGUUGCAGGCCAGCCAAGUUCGAGUGAUGUGCAUGAGCAAGAGGCUGCUGCUCAUUCUGCUGGAGCAGACCAAGGCCCGGCACCGACUACAGCUGAGCUACGGGUCAGCGAGGUGGAAAUUCUCGGCUCGUCCGACCCUCAAACAUAUCCCAUUCAGAACAAAUAUCAAACGCCGGAGAGCCUGCGCGCAAUAUCGCAUCUCCGUCCGCGAACUCCCAUCAACUCAACACUCCUUCGACUGAGAUCGGAUGCCAUGGCCCUCCUAAGCCAAUUCUUUUUCCAAGAAAGAUUUCAGCAAACCCACCCGCCAAUCAUUACCUCAUCAGAUUGCGAGGGUGCCGGCGAAGCAUUUACCGUCAAGAACGGUGGAACAACCGAAUUCUUCAGAGACCCCAAGUAUCUCACUGUCUCAUCACAGCUGCAUUUGGAGGCUCUAGCUCAAGCGCUAGGGAAUGUUUGGACUCUAUCACCGACGUUCCGGGCCGAGAAGAGUGACACCUCUCGGCAUCUGAGCGAGUUUUAUAUGCUUGAGGCUGAAAUGAGCUUCGUUCAAGACAUGGAUGAGGUCAUGGACCUCGCCCAAAGAAUGUUGGCGUCGCUUGCCGGCGGACUCAAGCGGCUCAGUGCCGCCCAAGAACUCGAAAAGCAUCGGCUUGACUCCAGAGACCCGGCAGAACGCUUGGCAUUCGAAGACCUUGUAGAUCCCAAAGAGCUGCAGCAGCGAUGGAGGGGUCUGACGUCGCCGAAGAGAUGGCCACGAGUGACGUACACGGAGGCCAUCGAAAUCCUUCAGCCUGUAGCCCACAUGUUUGAACACAAGCCUGUAUGGGGUUCGGGACUCCAGUCGGAACAUGAAAAGUAUCUUGCUGAAAAAAUCGGAUACGACGAAGAGACCGACGCGUUUCUGCCCAUUUUUGUCACUCAAUACCCGCAGGAGAUCAAGGCCUUCUACAUGCUUCAGUCCGAGUCCCCGCCACCUCAGGGGCAGACUGUCGACUGCUUCGACCUCCUGGUCCCCAAUCUCGGAGAGCUUGCGGGAGGAUCCAUGAGGGAGCACCGGCUUGCCCAACUCGAGGACAGCAUGCGCCUUCAUGGUCUAGAGGUCCCGACACAGCGGAAAGCCAGAUCCAGCGACAUGGGGUGGUACCUAGAUCUGAGACGCUGGGGCUGUCCUCCCCAUGGAGGGUUCGGCCUUGGGUUUGAUCGCCUGCUGAGUUAUCUCACUGGUGUACCCAACGUGCGUGACGUGGUGCCAUUUCCGCGCCAUUUCGAGCGCUGCGAUUGCUAA